CGCCAGAGUCCACUGGCCGGUGUCACAUACCGGAUGUUGUUAACUCUGUGUUUAGAUCAGGGCUGCAGACUGUCACAGAAAUUUAUUCUUAAUCUUAUUUUAACUCUGUGUGACGUCACGUGACCUCGGUGUGACGUCAUGAACCCGCCGGACAGUUUACGGAUGUUGAAGAGCAACAGGAAGUCCUAGCAGCAGCUAGACUAGCUCCGUGUUAGCCGGCUAGCUGUGAGCGUUAGCUGCUUGUGUGUGUCUCCAGCGGACUUCAGCAUGGCGUCUCCGUUUAAAAUCCCCAAGAAGAAACAGCCAGCGGGCUCUGACUCCGGCCCCCUGCACAUGCAGUCACCACUGUCCCGCCUCCAGAGCCCCGCCCCUCAGGUUAAGAGUUACGCCGAUCAGUCAGGAAGAGGCGGAGCUGACAGGAUGCAUUCUGGGAACACAGCUGGCACACAGAGUACGCCCAUUUUCAAAGACGUGGUCAAAACUCUGCUCGGACUCAACAGACCCAACGGGACCUCAGCAGCCAAUCACAGAGCAGCAGGAAGCAACAGCAGCCAAUCACAGCCUGGACAGAGAGCUGAGUCCUCGUCCUGUUUCUCUAACGGAUGGCGUCCUAAGAGAGCGUCACACCGUCUGCAGCUCGCUGACAGCUCAGAGGCAGAAUAUCCACCACAGAAGAAGAAAAGUGACCUCACUGGUUCGUCCUCUCCGUUUAGCAGCGUCUCUGUGAAGUCGAUGGACUGUCUGGCAGAGCUGCGAGCACUGGAGCAUGCUGGGAGUUUGAGUUCUAUGAAGGGCGGGCGCCAUGACUCCUCUCAGGAUGACUUCCUGUCUCCGUGCAGACUCAAAAACAAAGACCUCCACAGACCCUCCAUCUCCACGGCAACGCCGGACAGGAGAAGCACACAGGACCGCACAUCGUGGCACGCCGCCAGCAGCGACCAGCAGGACGACCUGAGGGAGAGAGAGAGGAAGAGGUGGAGCGAGUUCAGAGACAGGAAGAGGACGAAGACGCCGAUCGUCCUGCAGCUCCGAAAACACAAUCCAACAGAACCCAUCGUCUUGUCGAGUGAAGAGGAAGACGAGGGAGAGGAUGUAGGAGAUGGAGGACAGAGGACGCCACAAAGCAGCAGUGAGGGGGCGGAGUCUCGACUGGGAAACUCGGAGCAGAAAUGGGAAGCAGACAGGGUGUGUCCCUCCAGGGGUGAAACAGACGAGUGUUUGGCUCCGCCUCCUUCCUUUCUGCAGCUCCAGUUCAGCUCGCUUCACGCCGGCCUGACGCAAGCCUACGCCAACGGGAAGCUGAUGAUCACUGAACACUGCAUCACUGUUCCUCUCAAAGGCCUGGAGGAGGGGGAGGUCACUGUGGUGGCGUCUCAGGUACGUGGAUACGGUGUCUGGGACGGGGGCGUGGCUAGAGACGGUGCCCUGUUGGCUGACUGGAAAGGCCCCGCCCCCUCUCUGCUCUUCCUGUGGGUGACAGACGCUCAGGCCAACCUGCUGCAGAGGGAGCUGUCAAUCAUCCAGACGUCCAAUGACACGUCAGGUCCGGCCUGUUCCUGCCUCCUGCUGGUUCUGACGGAGCAGCUUCAGGAGCUGCAGGCUGCCCUGCUGGUUUCCAUCCUGGACAUGGAGGGGUACAGGAGUGGGGGGUCUUCUGGUGGACCCUCGUCCCCUUUAGAGUGGACAGAUGGUCUGCUGCUCCUGCACAGCUGCCCCCCCCCUGUGGACCAGCACCUCCUCACCCUGCUGGGUCACUCAGAGGAGAAGUCCGGACCCCCCAGAGACCACCAGAGGACUAACCGAUCAAAGAUGAACCCCUGUGUCCAGCAGCAGCUCUCCUCCAGGUUGAUCCAGUACCCGGCGGCGCCCUCUAGAGGUCGGAUCAGCGUUUCUAAGGAGGAUCUGGCGUGUCUGGGCAGCGGGGAGUUUCUGAACGACGUGAUCAUCGACUUCUACCUGAAGUAUCUCCUCCUGGAGGGGGUCGGGGGCUCUGUGGCGGGGCGGAGUCACGUCUUCAGCAGCUUCUUCUUCAAACAGCUGAGCAGACGGCGAGUCGCUGGAGAGGACGACGCCCCCUCUGUCCCUGAUCGCCACACGAGGCAUCAGAGGGUGAAGACCUGGACACGCCACGUCGACAUUUUCACCAAAGACUUCCUGUUUGUUCCCGUCAAUCAAGAGGCUCACUGGUUCCUGGUGGUGGUGUGUUUCCCCGGUCUGGAGGAGGUUCAGUACGAGGAGUUUCAGAGGCCCACAGGAGGAAAAGAGUCGCUCAGUCUGAGAUCUCAGCAUGCACCGGACUGUACGGAGCAGGGCCGCCAGAGAGACACGGUCUUAAAGAGGCCGUGUAUCCUGGUGAUGGACUCUCUGAAGCUGUCGUACCGGGAGAACGUCUGCAGACUGCUCAGAGAGUACCUGCAGGUGGAGUGGGAGGUGCGCAGGGGGACGCCUCGUCUCUUCACGUCUGACAGCAUGCGGAGCUCCAACUGCAGAGUCUCUCAACAGGACAACAGCAGUGACUGUGGACUUUACCUGCUGCAGUACACCGAGAGCUUCCUGUUGAACCCCGUGGUGCACUUUGACCUCCCGUUGCGUCUGGAUAACUGGUUUCCGCGGCAACGAGUGCGACAGAAGCGCGAGGAUAUCCGGAGUCUGAUCCUGACGAUGCAUCGGAGUCAGAAGGACGCAAAGUGAAACCAGAAGGAGGCGGAGUCUCAACGUGCAAUAAAUAAUUUAUACUUUUCUACUUUCAAAUAAAAACUCUUUUAAAUCU